AUGACCAGGUCCCAUGGCGGCGGGGGAUACAUGGUGUGCAGCGCCUGCGGGUACUGGCAUUGGAACAACGGCAUCUGGAAGCAGAAGGAUUGCUGCAAAUGCGGCAGGUGGAUCGGGCUCCCCGGCCGUAAGCAGCAGCAGCAGUCGCCGCCGCCGCGGUGGUCGACUCAGGAGCAGGUGCUCCCGAGCAUCCAGAAGAUGGCGGCCUCUGUCAAGCAGGAACAGAUUGGCAAGAAGGUCGAGCGCUGCUGCUGGGAGCUGGCGACGGCGAAGCACAGGGUCCAGGAUAUCCAGGCGCGGCUUGACGUCCUCUCGGGGGAGCACCUCCAGGCGACGACGGAGCACGCGGCGGCUGUCGCGGCGGCGGGGAAGAAUGGCCCGUCCGAGCACGCGCUGCCCGAGCGCCUCUCCUUCAACAUCGACCCGUCUCUGUUCGCCCACAUGGGGGAGGCCGACGAGGACUACCUGGCAGCGGUGGAGGCGCUCCAGUCUGCCGGGCGCGCGUUGCUGGAUGAGCAGGAGAAGGCCUGCAACGCGCCAGCCGAGCUCGCCAAACUGCGUGAGCGGGCUCGGCUGGAGGAGGAGGCUAAGUUCGUCGAGGUGCAUAAGGCACAUCCAGGGCGCGGAGGUGCGGCGGUGGGCGGCGACGCCGAGGCUGCGCCCGCUUGGGCGGCGGCCGCCGCCACCCCGCGCGCUGCCGAGGCGCCCGCGCCGCCGACCCCCGCGGGCUCGGAGGUGGGUGGCGCGGGCGGCGCGGGCGGCGCCGACGUGGGCGCGGGCCCCGCGACGGACGACUCGUCGCGGACGCAGCCGCGCCCAAGCCGCCCCCUGAGCGCAAGGCCCAGCACUUUGCGCACAUCCGGGCCGCGCGCGAGAAGGCAGCCGGGGACCGCGCCGAGCAGCUCGCGGCCAAGGCUCGCGCCCAGGCUGGCGCUGCUGCCGGGUAUGCUGGCCCUGCUGCAGCCGAUGGCGCCAGCAAGAUCAAGUCGAAGUCUUGUGUUUGACCUGCGCGGGGUGGCAUUGGUGCCGGAGCCGCCGCCCGGGGAGGUGCAGGCCCGAGGACCUCCUCGACUCGGGCCCAAGGGCCCCUCGGUGCUCGGGCCCCAGGCGGAGAAGUACUUCGGCGAGCGUGUCGAUGAGUGCGGAGUGAUGUCAGCUGAUAUGGAUGCAGUGUGCGACCUGCCCGCUCGGGCUGGCGGGCGUCUGGCGCCGCUGCUGCGGGCUCGGCGAAGUCGAGCACUGGUGCGAGAGCUGUCGAGCUGGUCGCGGGCAGGCGCGGCUCGACGGGCUCGCGCCGCUGACGCUGCAUCUCAAGCUGCAUAUGUUUUCCUUGGCUGCGCCGUGGGCGGCGCCGUCCGCCGCUGUCUUCAGUCGCAGGCCGCCUGCCUGGCCAGCCUGGCGGACCCGCGGGUCGCGCUGGCGGGCUGGAGCGCGACGCCCGCGGAGCUCAUGCGCGCGGGGUUUCCGCAGAAGGUGCGCGGCGAGCUGCCGCUGCCCCCCCGCGCGGAGGCCACCUGCUUCAAGACCUUGUCGAGCUGGAGGCGGCGCUGGGCGCGUCGGCGACUGGUCGCCCCGCUGGCGGCCCCGACGCCGCCGAGGCCCAGCCAGCGGCCCGACCCAGAGUCUAAGGCCAGCAGGCGGCGCGCUGCCGCUCUGGCGCGGCGCCGCGACGCGCUGGCGGCACGCCUGCAGGCCGACGUCGCGGCCGCGCAGUCCGAGGACUGCGGCCCUGGCGAGGACAUCUUCGGCGAGGGCGUGGACGCGCCGCGCGGCGCUGCGGGGGCCAACCCUCCGGGCCCCGCCGCGGCUGGGCUUGAGGCCGCGGGCGCGGGGGGCGGGCGUGGCCUGGGGGGGCCGCAGGGCGCUGCCCCCAAGUUCCACGUCCCGGGCCGGACAGCUGGCCGCAGCCUGCGAUGCAGCGACCGACGUGAGAUGACCGUGCCAUUUUCCCAGUCUGGAGGGGGGUGCCGAGGCUCAGCGCGCUGCUCCAACACCGUCCUCUUGGUAGCGCCGGAUGCCGAGUGCGCCGGCCCCUGCUCCGACGCCCCUUCUCCUUGUGACAGGCGCGAGGGCUGGGGCUACGGCGGCAGCGCGCAGCGAGAGGCCAACCAGCGCGGACACCGAGAUGCUGGCCGGCCGCGCGUGCUGAGGAUGACGCUCGAGCUGUGGCGGCCCGGGGGCUGCGGGCCUGGCGAGGACUUCUUCGCCGCGGGCGAGGACGCGCUGGGCUGCGCGCGAGGCCCCAGGCAGCCCAGCCUGCCCGUGGCUAGGACGCAUUCGGACGCAGACCCUGCACUGCACGAGCUGAUCGCGUUGGCGGCGAAGAGAUCGCCCAAGGAGUCAACCUGUGGUGAGUUGCCUGAGUACUCUGUGCAGUAUGAGGCCUGGCUCUUUGCGGGUUCGGCCCCCGCGCGCGACGCCGCGUGGAACGUGGCCGUGGAAUUUGGUCGGCCUGACGGGAUGGCAUGGACGUGCUCGGUCAAGACGGCGCUCGUGGCGUCCAAUAGCGUGCCGGUAGCCAACCUGUCGGGCAGUCUCGAGGCCAUGGGCAGCCCACACUCGGCGGCCGACAAGGGCG